AUGCAUAUACGAAAUCGUUAUCGAACGAAUCCACCUGAUUUUAAACAACUUGCUGAAAAACAUCCAAUAUUAAAAUCUUUUCUAAUUGAAAAAACUAAUGGUGGUGUUACACUUGAUUUUCGUGAUGCUAAUGCUGUUCGAGCAUUAACAAUAGCAACAGCUCAAGAAGAUUUUAAUUUAAAUCUAGAUCUUAGUUUAGAUCGUCUUAUACCGAGAAUUCCACAAAAAUUAAAUUAUCUUCAUUGGAUUGAAGAUUUAAUAGAAUGUAAAAUAGAUGCAAUUGGAAUCGAUAUUGGUUGUGGUUGUUCAUGUAUUCAUGCUCUUUUAGCAGUUCGUCUAAAUCCUCAAUGGAAAAUGUUUGUUUCUGAAAUUGAUCCAUUUAAUUAUCGUAUGGCCAUGAAAAAUGUUGAACAAAAUGUAUUACAAGAUCAAAUUCAUGUUAUACAAAUGAAUUCAUCAGCAUUAUUUGAUGGUUUAAUUGAUCAAGCAAAUCAUUAUGAUUUUCUUAUGUGUAAUCCGCCGUUCUUUUCUGAUACAUUUGAAUGUCAAGGUUUAACAAACACAAGAAAAUCUGAUCGUCCAUCAGCUAAUUCAAUUAAUACAGCUGCUAAUAUUGAAUCAAUAUAUGAUCAAGGCGGUGAAGUUGAAUUUAUUACACGUAUGAUUAAUGAAAGUCGAUUGUAUGCAACUAAUGUCAGAGUUUUUACAAGUCAAUUGGGUAAAAAAUCAAGUUUAAAACAAAUUCAAAAUUGUUUACAUGAUAUUCGUCAUAUUGAUACAGAAUUUUGCCAAGGAAAUACUAUGCGUUGGGCUGUUGCAUGGACAUUCGAUGAAACAUAUCAUUUUCCUGAACAAUGUCAAUCUCGAGAAAAAACGGAGAGAAAAGAAAUGAAUCGAACGCCAAUUAGUAUUCAAUUUGAACCGAAAUAUUCAUUUAAUUUUAUUAAAGAUUAUUUAGAAAAACAUUUAUUUAAUGAACUCAAUUUAAAAUGGACAAGUCUUAGUUCUUAUGCUUGGAUAUUUGAUGCUUAUGAAAAUUUAUGGUCACAUCAACGUCAACGUCGACGUCAUCAAAAUGAUGAACAACCUCCGUCAAAACGUCUUAAAUUAAAUGAUGAUCAAAUAAAUAAAUUGUGUAGUAUUCAAACACGUUUAGAUGAACAUGAGGGUGUUUGUAGUCUAUAUCUUUUAUUUGUCGAUGGAACAAAUGCAGAUUCAGCAAAUCAAAUUGGUCAAUAUAUUAAAAAUCAAUUUCCCAAAUAUUGUCAGUCUUGUACAAAUACAUUAACACUUGAAUAA